AUUCUGAAUUCUACUAUUAUUUGGAUACUUCUCUGGACCAUUUAGUGAAUCACUGACCAACAAAAAUUUCCAAAAGUGGGAAGUGCUUAUAUAUUCAUUACCAUAUCUAAAUAGCAAAGCUGGACAUCAGCAUGAACCAUCUUUAAGUAAACACAAUUUUCAUACUCCUUAUUCUUACUCAUUUUGAUUAUUACAGGAUUAAGUAGACAGCCAGACAAGUGGAUGACAUGGAAAAGACAAACCAUUCAGUGGUAUCUGAGUUCAUUUUGCUGGGACUUUCCAAAUCUCAGAAUCUCCAGAUUUUAUUCUUUGUGGGAUUCUCUGUGGUCUAUGGAGGGAUUGUGUUGGGAAACCUCCUCAUCUUAGUCACUGUGAUCUUUGACACAUGCCUUCACACACCAAUGUAUUUUCUGCUUAUCAAUCUCUCGUGUAUUGAUAUGAUCCUGGCUUCUUUUGCUACCCCGAAGAUGAUUGCAGAUUUCCUCCGAGACCGGAAGACCAUCUCCUGGUGGGGAUGUUAUUCUCAGAUGUUCUUCAUGCACCUCCUAGGUGGGAGUGAGAUGAUGUUGCUUGUAGCCAUGGCAAUAGACAGAUAUGUUGCCAUAUGCAAACCCCUCCGUUACAUGACCAUCAUGAGCCCACGAGUGCUCUUUGGGCUACUGCUAUCCUCCUACGCAGUUGGAUUUGUGCACUCAUCUAGUCAAAUGGCUUUCAUGUUGAAUUUGCCCUUCUGUGGUCCCAAUGUUGUGGAUAGCUUUUUCUGUGACCUACCCCUUGUGAUCAAACUCGCCUGCAAGGACACCUAUGUACUCCAACUCCUGGUCAUUGCUGACAGUGGCCUCCUGUCCCUGGUCUGCUUCCUCCUCUUGCUUGUCUCCUACACAGUAAUUAUUUACUCUGUUAGGCACCACACUGCCAGUGGUUCCUCUAAGGCUUUCUCCACUCUCUCAGCGCACAUCACAGUAGUGACUCUGUUCUUUGCCCCUUGUGUCUUUAUCUAUGUAUGGCCCUUCAGCAGAUACUCCAUAGAUAAAAUUCUUUCUGUGUUUUAUACGAUUUUCACACCUCUCUUAAAUCCUAUUAUUUAUACAUUAAGGAAUCAAGAGGUAAAAGCAGCCAUUAGGAAGAUAAGGACUCGACAUACAAAUUCAAAGCACGCUUUGUAGAUGACACUGCUGAAAAGGUGUUUGGACAUUAUUUAGGAAUGUACUUUAAAUGUAUAUCAAGUUCCAUAAAACAGUAUGUGUGAUUGUUAAAAAAGAAGCCUCCUUAUUGUCAUCCUUAAUGUUUAAAUGCAUAAUAUCUACAGUCGGGCAGGUGUGCAUUUAAAUCCCACCUUCACCACUUUCUCUCAUGGAAAUUUGAACAAAAUGAAUAAAUUCUCUGCAACUUAGUUUCUUUAUCUAGAAAAACGUCCUGGUAUGUUUAUUCUACUAUUUAACACGUCUUUAAACCUUGUGAAGUAUAUUGUUAUUGCUGCUGUUAUAGCUGCUGUCAUUACAAUGGUA